AUGUAUUUGUUUCGUUUAUCUACGUUUUUUACAACCUUGUUUAUAGUAUGCUAUGGUGCAUGUCCUUCAAGGCCAUUAUUUGCUUUCAUCGAGAAUACAACAGUUGCACAGACGAUUUCUAUCAGUGGUACAUAUAGUUUAGUACAGGAUCCAACGGAUUAUAGUAAUAUAACACCUGGAUCCUAUGUACUGUUGGCAUGUAACAGUGGAUAUACCCUAUCAAGUGGUCAGCUUAAUAUAACAUGUAUCGGCAAUGCAUGGACAACAUUUCCGACGUGUACUAUGAUGAGCACCAGUAGUACAAUGAAUAAUAAUACGUUGCUUUCAAAUAAUAAUGUACCUUGUGUAUUCAACCAAACGAUGUUUAAUAUUAAUAAUGGAUAUCUAUCUAAUGUAUUACUAUCGUAUAUAUCAAGCAACACGGCAACGGGAUGGGUUCAAUUUGCAUGUGCAACCGGUUACACCAAUAUUGGGGGCAACUUGAAUGUUACAUGUUCUUCAAGUGGUUCAUGGAGCCCAUUUCCCAAUUGCGUAUUGAAUACUGGUGGCGGUGGAUCGCUUACUACUCCUACAAUGUCUAAUAAUAAUGGUCAAUCUUGUACUUUCAAUACUACAAUGUUAAAUAUUACGAAUGGAUAUUCUUCUAACGCGUCAAUACUAUAUACAUCGAAUAACACGGCAGCUGGUAAGCAUAUGACAUUGAUGCUUCGAAAUAAUCCUAUUGAAUAUGUUAUAGGAUGGGUUCAAUUUGCAUGUCUGCCUGGCUAUGCACUUGAUCCAACGGUUGGUAGUUUAUACGUUUGCAGCAAUGGGGCCUGGUCUACUCAACCACGAUGCCUGAUGACUGGUCGAUGUUCGUUUUCGACCUUACAAACCUUCAUAUCGAAUGCAACUGGUUUAAUGACUACUGGUCAAAGUCAACUGAUGCAGCUUCCGCAAAAUACAAGUGUCGUUCUGGGUGGCUCUUAUAUUGUGUUCGCUUGUAACACUGGUUACACAAAUACUGGUGGAAGCUUAAAUGUAACAUGUUCUUCAAGUAGUUCAUGGAGUCCAUUUCCCACUUGCGUCUUGAAUACUGGCGGUGGUGGAUCUCUUACUACUACUACAAUGUCUAAUAAUAAUGGCCUGCCUUGUGCUUUCGACGGUACAACAUUAAAUAUUAUGAAUGGAUAUCUAUUUAAUAUAUCACUAACGUAUACAUCGAGCAACACUGCAACGGGCUGGCUUCAAUUCGCUUGCGUGCCUGGUUAUGCGCUCGAUUCAACUGUUGGCAAUCUAUACGUUUGUAAUAAUGGUGUCUGGUCGACUAAACCACGUUGCUUAACAACUGGUGGAUGCUCGUUGUCAACAUUCCAAAGCUUCAUAUUGAAUGCAACUGGUUUAAUAAAUACUGGUCCAAGUCAACUGAUCCAGACUCCGCAAAACACAAGCUACGUUUUGAAUGGCUCCUAUGCUGUGUUCACUUGCAUGAGUGGUUACACAAAUAUUGGUGGCAGCUUGAAUGUAACAUGUUCUUCAAAUAAUACAUGGAGCCCAUUUCCUAGUUGCGUACUGAAUACUGGAGGCGGAUCACUUACAACCACUACCACAAUGUCUAAUAAUAAUGGCCUGCCUUGUGCUUUCGACGGUACAACAUUAAAUAUUAUGAAUGGAUAUUCUCCCAAUGUAUCACUAUCGUAUACAUCGAGCAACACGGCAACGGGAUGGGUUCAAUUUGCGUGCGUGCCUGGUUAUGCGCUCGAUGCAGCUGUUGGUAAUCUAUACAUUUGUAAUAAUGGUGUCUGGUCGACUAAACCACGCUGCUUAACAAUUGGUGGAUGCUCGUUUUUAACGUUGCAAAGCUUCGUAUCGAAUGCAACUGGUUUAAUGGCUACCGGUCAAAGUCAACUGAUGCAGCUUGCGCAAAACACAAGCGUCAUUCUGAGUGGCUCUUAUAUUGUGUUCGCUUGUAUCACUGGUUACACAAAUACUGGCGGCAGCUUAAAUGUAACGUGUUCUUCAAGUAGUUCAUGGAGCCCAUUUCCUACUUGCGUAUUGAAUACCGGUGGUGGUGGAUCUCUUACUACUACUACAAUGCCUAAUAAUAAUGGUCUGUCUUGUGCUUUCGACACUACAACAUUAAAUAUUAUGAAUGGAUAUGUAUUUAAUGUAUCACUAACGUAUACAUCGAGCAACACGGCAACGGGAUGGGUUCAAUUUGCGUGCUUGCCUGGUUAUGCACUCGAUUCAACUGUUGGUAAUCUAUACGUCUGUAAUAAUGGUGUCUGGUCGACUAAACCACGCUGCUUAACAACUGGUGGGUGUUCGUUUUCAACAUUGCAAAGCUUCGUAUCGAAUGCAACUGGUAUAAUGGCUACUGGUCAGAGUCAACUGAUGCAGCUUCCGCAAAACACAAGCGUCAUUCUGAGUGACUCUUAUAUUGUGUUCGCUUGUAUCACUGGUUACACAAAUACUGGCGGCAACUUGAAUGUAACGUGUUCUUCAAGUGGUGCAUGGAGUCAAUAUCCUAAUUGUGUGCCAAAUACGCAGACGACAAUUGUGCCUUCUAAUAGUGGAGCAACUUGCACGUACAGCUCAAGUCUCUUGAGUAUAGCAAAUGGUUAUGCAAGCAGUUGGACUGGUGUUAUGACACCUACUGCUAUUCAAGCGCUAUCGGGAGCUUCCAUUACUUAUAUGUGUACACCACCGUAUAAUCUUGUUGGCAAUUCAGUAAUGACUUGUAAUAAUGGCGUUUGGUCAGCACAGCCUGUGUGUCUUGCAAAUAGUGCCACGACUGUCAAGCAUUCAUCUAAUUGUGAUUAUGUUCCAAACGUAGCGAAUAGUUACAUAUCGAUGGCAACUCCUAUUCAAUUUAUUAAUAACCAAUACCAAAGAAAAAUUCAAUUUGCAUGCAACCCUGGAUAUGCAUUUACUAGUACUUCAGGCCAAAGCUUAGUGUCUUGUCUGAAUGGUGUAUGGGAUCCGCUUCCAGUUUGUGCAUUGAGUCCUUCUUGUUCAGCCAGUCAACUGCAAUCAGCACUUGUUAAUGUUCAAUUGGUGUUAAACUCACUUCAAGCUGGUAACGGAGGCUUUCUUGCCGGUGGUUGGAUUCUACUUCAAUGUGCAUCUGGUUUUACUCGGAAUCCGUUGUCUGGUUCUCUCAACGUUACAUGUCUUUCUACAGGAACAUGGUCGGUAUUUCCUGUGUGUUCAUGA